AUGUCUGUCUAUGGAUUUAAGGCGAUCGAUUUUCAACCGGAAUAUUUCAAUUUUGAAUACACAUUCAAUUUUUUGACUAUUUUUGCUGCUGUCACAGCUAUCUACGGUAUUUUUUCGUUUUGGAUCACUGUGAAAAUGUGUAUUUUCUAUUUGAAACAUAAACAUUGCAACGAAAUGAAAAAAGUAUUGAGACCGGAUGUUUUUAGAAUAUUUCUUUUGAUGCAACUGUGGAAAGAAUUUCAUGUUUUCAUUGAUUUUUUAAUUGUUCGAAUUCCAUUGACAUCGAUUUUCACAGCGUAUUGUGCAGAGUCAAAACCUGUAUUAAUUCUUAAAAUAUUAUCUUUACUAUUUAUUGGAGUUGUUUAUACAUCUCAUUUAAUGACUCUGGCAUUUUGUGUUCAAAGAGUUGCACUUUUGUAUGCUGCUGAGUAUCAAAAGGAUACAAUAUCCAAGGUGUUUGACAUAAUCGCUCCAAGUCUUAUAAUAAUUGGUCAUUGCUUCGGAAUUCCUCAUUUCUUUUCCACAACUUCCUGCUAUCAAAUGGACAAACCUUUUCCGUUUGGAGCUAUUGUUAUCACGGCAUUGACAAGAGAUAUGAGAAUUUACACAAUAUUCUACUCAAUGUUUUCAAACGCUUCGAUUAUUUUAAUUAUUGUCACUGCAAUUUUGAUGUUCUUCAAACUUUUGCAAAAACGGAAAAUAAGUUCCGAGCUACACCGAAAAACAGAUCUAAAAUCUGAAAAAGUGUUGACAGCAACAAUGAUUCUGAUUCUUCUCCCAGUCGUGGUACCUGCAACUCUAUCCUUUGUCAAUCUUUUUGCACCAAGUGCUUAUCCUUAUAUUUUUCUCUCUCGGUGCAUUUGUUUAGAUGCUCGGGCCCAUUUUGUAUCAUGUUAUUUUUAUUUUACCCACCACAUUUUCAAAAAGAAAGAGCAACCUAAAAAUAAUAUCAAAGUUGUAUGUGAUGUUAGUCCAAAACGAAGCAUCUCUGCACAUUUUUAA